AUGCAAAAACUGACGGAGCGUAUAGACGACCUGAAGCAAAGAAUAGCUGCUUGGGGAAAGCGGAUUCGGCGAUAUACCGAGAGGUCGACACGGUUCAACCAGAAUCGUCUCUUCCAGAGUGAUCAGAAGAGGCUCUAUGCAUCAUUGGAGCGACCAAUAGUAAGUGGAACGGGCCCAGCACCUAAUCAGGCCGACACUGUAGCAUUCUGGCGCGGCCUAUGGUCAGAGCCCGUAAACCACAGCGAGGGCCCUUGGACGGAAGUUGAGGCGAGUCAGUGUACCGGUAUUACGCCCAUGGACCCCAUCAUCAUAGCACCGGAUGACGUAGCUGAGGCGGUCCGUAGGGCCCCGAACCGGAAAAGUCCGGGGCUUGACGGGCUGCAUCACUACUGGCUGAAGGGGUUCAUGAGCAAAACCUGGCAGACCGAGUUCGGUAUAUCUUGCGCUCAAAUAUAUUUGAUGUCGCCGAACUCGAACGGCUACGACGUGAGGCUGUUCCCUCAUCGGAUGAAAAUGGCUGAGGAUGCAGCGCUACAAAUGAUAGAGCAACCCGCAAACGUGGAUGCCGCCGUGAAUACCCCAGUUGUGGUUGAUUCAAACGACGAUGGAACAGUCGCCCAGGAACUGGAAUUAGAGCAUACAAGGAGUACAUUGGAAGAGGCGAUUGUGGAAACGCGCAGUACGCCUCUCGAAAAUCGACCGCGACUUCCCCCGCAUAGCCCUAAGCAAGCGGAAUCGGGCUGUCCUGAGGGCUCUGAACCCAAUGCUGGCGCCAAGGUUUCCACGGCUGGACGCGCUGCUGACCAUAGUAGCGCUAUCCCAGCAUGGAGAAGAAGAAUUGAGGAACGUAUCGCAAAGGCUAGAGCUCUCAUCGGCAGACUGAUAUGCUUCAGAUCAGGCAAUAACAGGCCAAGAAUUGUGCGCACCGUCAGGAUGGCGUUUGCUGGGACAAAUGUCAGUUUGUCCCAGCCGGAUAUAACGCAAAAACUGACGGAGCGCAUAGAUGAUCUGAAGCAAAGAAUCGCUGCUUGGGGAAAGCGGAUUCGGCGAUAUACCGAGAGGUCGACACGGUUCAACCAGAAUCGUCUCUUCCAGAGUGAUCAGAAGAGGCUCUAUGCAUCAUUGGAGCGACCAAUAGUAAGUGGAACGGGCCCAGCACCUAAUCAGGCCGACACUGUAGCAUUCUGGCGCGGCCUAUGGUCAGAGCCCGUAAACCACAGCGAGGGCCCUUGGACGGAAGUUGAGGCGAGUCAGUGUGCCGGUAUUACGCCCAUGGACCCCAUCAUCAUAGCACCGGAUGACGUAGCUGAGGCGGUCCGUAGGGCCCCGAACUGGAAAAGUCCGGGCCUUGACGGGCUGCAUCACUACUGGCUGAAGGGGUUCAUGGUGUGUCACUCUGUGCUCGCCCGACAGUUUCAAGAGGCUCUCAACCAGAAGUCGCUCCCAAGCCUCUUCACUACUGGGAUCACUCAUUUGGUUCCUAAAGUCCAGGUUACCACAGACCCGAGCAAAUACUGCCUCAUCACGUGUCUAUAUACAAGACACUAA